AUGUUGGCUGCGUUUAUUGUUGUAAGCCAACAUUUGAGUAUUCCGCUUCGCCCACUUCCUCUUGUUUUUACCUUACAACAACAACACCAGCAACCCUCCCACCCGAGACCAUAUACUCCAAUCCAAAAAAUUCCAAAUUUGAAGAUGCCGGUUCCCACCCCCUCCGGGGCUCUUACUGUCGCCUUCCAUGUGCUCUUCCCCGACCAGUUCAAAGUGUGGCUGCCCUGGUUCCUUGGGGAAGAGUUUGCGGCCCUCCUGGCUGCCCAGAGCAUGCACAAGUUCCGCUCCGAGGCGGAGCGUGACCUCUACGAGGAGCGCGCCACUCGGGCUGCCCUUGAGUUGGGGCUGGCCCAAAUUCGGUCAUCGCUGCGCCGUCUCCGGACGGAACAGGAGAGCGUUCCUGCUCUCUUGGGGGAGUUGGUGGCUGCUGUGGGCAAACUGCCCACCGCUGCCGCUCCCGUGGUUGCUCCUACUCGGGGUGAUGGAAGGAGGGAGGGGGAGGAUGGGGAAGUUGGGGCGGCCUAUGGGGCCUAG